AUGCAGCAGAAACACCCGAUCUUAUCAAGACGGGGAUCGGCUGGGGACCUCUUCGCACAAGGUCCUCGAUCGGUCGAAGUGGCUGGCAAGAAGAAUUCGUUUCGCGCAGUGCUGGCUUCAUCAGGAGGAAGCAGCAGACGGGGUCGAGGACUUGCGGUGGGACGGUGUCGUCUCGUCGCUGGACACCAGCUGGAGAUGAACGGAUCUAAUCUGGGACAAAAAUCUUUCGAAGAACAAUGGCCGGAAGUCCACAGGGUCGUGCUGGAUUUGCUGUAUCAGCGCGCCGUGUCAAAGACCGACUGGCAGGUGAUGUUCCAAACGGUCUACUACCUGCAUUCCUGGUUAGACGACGGUGAUGAUAUGAUCCGUAAAGCGCUUCUGGAAGACGUCAAGGUGUAUGUGAAAGAAUGCGCACAGCGCGUAAACGCCGAUACGAAAGACAAGGAUCUGCUUCCGGCAUAUAUUCGGGAAUGGACACGUUAUUUCAAGCAGACACAUAUUCUUCCGAUGCCGUUCCGGUCAUUGGAAGGAACACGUGAUGGAGCUGCUCAUAACGCCAUCCCUCCACUUCCCACUACACCUCGAGACAUAUCCGUCAAGGGAACAAUGCUGAGGGUCUGGAAUCGCUACGUCUUCGCCCCCAUCCAACUACGUCUCCUGAACGAAGCCAUGAAUUUGAUCGAUGCCGAACGCAAGGGCUUCACAGUCGAUCCACAGCUCAUCGUUGGCGUUCGCGAGAGUUUCGUAUCACUGAAUGCCUCAGAAAAUGACCCUCUCGAAUGCUACCGUAAUGAGUAUGAGAGCUGUUACCUCAAUCGGACAGUUUUGUGGUAUAAACUGGCAGCUAGCUAUUUUCUCGAUCAUAAUGGGGUGCGCAACUACAUGGCAUACGCUGAUGAGAAGUUGCAAGAAGAGGAAUCUCGUGCCGAUCGUUAUUUGGAUCAGUCUAGUAAACAAAAGCUGGUCGCGGCAUGCGUAAAGGUGCUGGUGGCCGAAUUUGAGGAGCAACUCCUUUCGGAAUGUGAGAAACUGGUAAAGAGCGAAGACGUUGAACGCCUUCGUAUGCUGUAUCGCUUGAUCAAGAGAACGCCCACGGGUAUAAAUACGGUGCUCAAAUGUGUUGACGCUCAUAUUCGGGAGCGUGGUACGCAGACGAUGCUAAACAACGCAUCUUCAAUUACGACGGACCCUGAGAGAUUCGUAUUUCAACUUCUUGACAUGUUUGACGGGUUUUCCUCUUUGAUUAGAGAGGGUUUCUAUGAUGAUGCUCGGGUGUUGACAGCGCGAGAUCAGGCUUUUUGUGAGGUCGUCAACGAUGCUACCAUUUUCAAACUGGAGUUCCCUCAUGUGCGAAAAGGCAAAGCCACUGCCGAAUCAAAAUGCCCCGAGUUGCUUGCAAACUAUUGUGACCUCCUCCUCCGCAAAACCCCAUUGAGCAAGAGGUUAUCCGGGGAAGAAAUUGACGCUCGUCUUGACAAUGUGAUGCUUGUGUUAAAAUAUGUGCAAAACAAGGACAUCUUCAUGCGAUAUCACAAGGCCCAUCUGGCCCGCCGCCUGAUACUAGAUAUGAGUGCCGAUCAAGACAAGGAGGAAACUGUUGUUGCGCGACUUCGGGAAAAUGGCAUGCCAUCCGAUCAUGUCAACAAAUUAUUCCGUAUGCUAGCCGAUGUGGAGCUGAAUAAAGAUCUCAACCAGGCGUUUAGGAAGUACUUGUGGGAGACAAGUAGCCCGCUUGGCAGUCAAAUUAACGAUCUCGUCUCGAUUAAAAUACUGAAUACGGCGGCCUGGAGCCAGGGUCCACACCAGACGGAUUGCGUCAAAAUUACGAUACCGCGUCAAUUGGAGGAGUAUUUGCCGGUUGUGGAGGAUUUCUAUAAAAGAAAUCAUUCCGGGCGGAAGCUGCAAUGGCUUCAUCAUUGGAGUAAUGGCACGGUUAUCUUCAAUUCUGAUGCGGGACGCUAUGAAAUCCAGUUGACCACCUUCCAGUUGACCGUACUUUUCUGUUGGCUUGACAAGCCCGAUGAGGGGCUUUCUUUCGAGACGAUUCGUCUCGCAACUGAGCUACCGGAUUCUGAAUUGACGCGUACUUUGCUGUCGCUCUGUCCGAUGCCACCCAAAGCCGAUUCACAACUUCUGAAGUGCGCAGGCGGUCCGUCUGCCCUGAAUGCGCUCUCUGAUUCGACAAUUUUCUAUUUGAAUACCCAAUUCGUUCCGGAAAAGAACGGAAAACCACUACGUGGCAGACGAGUCAAUUUGAUUGGGAGGUUGCAACUCGGAUUAGACGCUGCGGCCUCUUCAGAGCACGAGGAUAUCGUUGCACUACGUGCGCUACGAGUGCAAGAAGCUAUCGUCAAGGUGCUGAAAAUGCGGAAGCAAAUGACCGCUUGGCAACUACACGCAGAGCUCGUCGAGCAGCUACGCCAUAUGUUCCUCCCGUCACGGCAGCUAAUGAAAGAGCAGCUCGAGUGGCUGAUGGAAAACAAGCACAUUGAGCGCUCCACACUCGAUAUUAACACAUUUAUUUAUUGCAAC